AGUAUUUCAUCCUUUCAACUUCCAUUCCCACCGACAUACUUCUUUCCAUCCUCCCAAACCAAACAUGGCAUUAAGUUUUUCUUACUUUUCUUUCUUCUAUAUACAUGCGAGAAUCUGAUUCUUUUAACAGCAGCUUAACCCUUUCUUUUUCUUUGAUUGCUUUCCCACAAAUACUCAUUAUUAAAAUUUAAUACCCUCCUUUAAAUUCAAAUAAUUAGGUUUCUUUAUAGCUUCAAUUCCUAUUAUAUAUAAAAUGUAGCAAAAACUAAAAAACCCCAUAACCUCUGCAUCUUAGCAGCGGCGUGUUUUUGUCAUGUAAUGCACAUCUUCACGAGGUCUUGCCAGGGUUUUCUUUUUCUUUGCCUUUUGAUUUCCAUCUUUUCAAAUAUUGCCGCUUUUUCCCUUUUAGCCUAUUAUUUUUAACUCUCUUCUAUAGUAAUAUUAUUAUCACCGACCUUUAUUAUCGUUGAGAGCUGUAAGUCUGUAAAAGCCUCUUUCUUUUGUCAAAAACUGUAAAUGGCUUCUUCUAUUAUAACACUUAGAUUUCACUUUUAAAGCCGUUUUUUUUUUCUUCUUUGUGUAAAGUUUCCUGUUUUCUCUCUAUUCUUAGGGAGAGUUGCAAAAAGAACCAAAAUAAUGGGCAGAGCUACGAGAUGGUUAAAGGGUUUAUUUGGGAUAAGGAACAACUCUAGUAGUAGUAAUAAGGACAAUUUUGAUCGGAAGGAUAAGAAUCGGUGCAGUUCAGGUAGAGACUCAAGUGGGUUAUGUCAUAAUCCAGCUACAAUACCACCAAAUAUAUCUCCAGCAGAAGCUGCUUGGCUGAGGUCAUUCUACAAUGAGACUGAGAAAGAACAGAGCAAACAUGCGAUAGCUGUGGCUGCAGCUACAGCAGCGGCAGCUGAUGCAGCAGUUGCUGCAGCUCAGGCUGCUGUAGCCGUUGUGAGACUCACUAGCAAUGGUAGAGGCACCAUGUUUGGGGGUGGACAAGAAAGAUGGGCUGCUAUAAAGAUUCAGACUGUUUUUAGAGGCUAUUUGGCAAGAAAAGCAUUGAGAGCAUUGAAAGGAUUGGUGAAGUUACAAGCACAUUUUAGAGGAUACUUGGUAAGAAAACAAGCAACUGCAACUCUCCAUAGCAUGCAAGCACUUAUUAGAGCACAAGCUACAGUUCGUUCCCAAAGAGCAAGAAACCUCAUCAAAACUGAAAACAGAUUCGAGAUUCGAGCACGAAAAUCCAUGGAGAGAUUUGAUGAAACAAGAAGUGAACAUACAGCUUCAGUUCACAGCAGAAGGCUAUCAAGUUCACUAGAUGCCACAUUUGUAAACCCAAUUGAUGAAAGUCCAAAAAUAGUGGAGGUUGAUACUGGAGGAUGUAGACCAAAAUCAAGAUCUCGAAGAACUAACACUUCAGUCUCAGAUUUUAGUGAUGACCCAUUUUACCAAACUCUUUCCUCUCCACUUCCAUCAAGAUUUCCUCCUCGUUUAUCGAUGCUCGAUACAAGGAAUUUUCAAGAUUCAGAUUGGGGUUUAACAGGCGAUGAAUGUAGGUUCUCUACUGCACAAAGCACCCCUCGCUUUGGGGGGUCUAAUAAUCCUCCUCUUACUCCUGCUAAGAGUGUUUGUGAAGAUAAUUUCUUCAGGCAGUAUGGAAAUUGCCCUAAUUAUAUGGCUAAUACUAAAUCUUUCAAAGCUAAAGUGAGGUCUUACAGUGCUCCAAAACAGAGGCCUGAUCCUGGGCCAAAAAAGAGACUCUCACUUAAUGAGUUGAUGGAAUCAAGGAAUAGUAUUAGUGGUGUUAGAAUGCAGAGAUCGUGUUCUCAAGUUCAAGAUGCUAUUAACUUCAAGAAUGCUGUUUUAGGCAAGCUUGAUAGAUGCACAGAUCAGUUUGCUAGAGAACCAGAAAGGAAUUACUUGCGGAGAAGGUGGUGAGAUCAAUCGUAUGUUUACAAGUAGUUGGUGUCUUUGGUUUUUUCUUGAAUGCCCAAGUUGAGGAAAAGAAUAGGGAUAAUUAAUAUUUAAUGGAAUAGAACAAGAUUGUGUGUAGAAUUAUAUGCCAAGAAUUGUUAGAAUUUUCUUACUGUAUGUGAUUCAAGGAUUGCUGUUCUCUAGUCAUGGAAUCAGCCCUUCAUCAAUGAAAAUCCAAUUGUAGAA